GAGAAGAUGGCGACAGAUUGAUCGGGAAGGUAAACAUUCGACAAAGUGUUUGAUUCGCCGGGAUUAAUGCUGGUUUACUGUGUUGUUGUUUAGACCAGCUGCGUAAAAGAUUCCGUUCAGCUGCCCUGACCAUCAAACCAUACACAAUGAACCACGGCCAGCUGUUAGGGCACUGUGUCCGUGUCCUUGACACUUACGACAAGGAGAUGACAUCAUUAGAGGAACAAAUCAAUGCUUAUCUGAAGCAACAUCAGGUAACAGAAGAAGGGGACAGAACGUUCAUAAUGGAGGUGUUUUCCGGCUGUGUGAGGUAUUCCAUAGUCAUGAAGAUCGUAACAGAGGGAUUCUAUGCCAAAGAUGGAAAGUCUACACUUCGGUCUGACCAGUCAUUGUAUUCAGUUAUCUGCUAUCUGAUCCUGUUUCGCAUGGAUGAGCUUGGAUUACCUCACCUGAGAAAAUUUGUGCAAUCUCAGAAUGCAAGCAAAAUGUAUAAGUUCCUGAACUUCUUCCUGGAUGAGAGGAACCUACUGACGUGGGUGAAGGAUCAAUGGGGCAAGUUCUAUGAACAGAGUUUUGUGGAGACAAACCUCCUGUCACCCUUAGAGAGGUGGCUAUCAGAGCUGCAGGAGAUGGUGACGCUUAUGAAGGACAAGCUGGACCAUAAGGUGAAGCCCAAGAAGAAGGUGGUCCCAGCCACAGAGGUGAAACCUUUCAAGCUGACACAGCCCAAAGCAAGAAGUGUUCCAGUUCCUGAGCCGAUCCCCAAACUGCAGAAGCACACUCCUCCCCCGUCUGGACUGUACCGGACACCAUCAGAGUUUGACCGCAUCAACAGACAGAAGGAAGUCAACCGCAGAGCUGCCGAGGAGAGGCUGAUGGAAGCAUCUAGGAUACAGUUUGCGUGUGCCAACCCAGAGAAGUCUCAGAAGGCAAAGGAAGUUCUAAAUAACAUUAUGUCAGAAGAAGACGGAAAACUGGACUUUGACAAGCAUAAAGCCCACCCUGUGCCUGGGUUUCUGAGCAAAGAAGUUCCAGUGAAACUGAAUGCAGCCAGUAUUCUCAGAGAAGGCAUGCUGUACCAGCGUAAAGAGGAGGAAGAGUUGAAGAAGCUCGAGAAAUUGGAGGCAGGGGCUCGAGAUUCCUCAGCGUUUAUACGCUGGCAGUCCGAUAUGAGGCAGCGGGACUUGGAGGUGCAAUUGGCUGAAAUUGAACGUCGGAGACUUGAGGGCAAGCUAAGUCACGAGGAAGCCAUCUUGGCCCGACAGAAUUUGAUUCGCGACAACAAGAACAAAGUGCAAGACAUGAAGAAAGAGACCGAGGAGCUAAUGAAGGAGUUCCUGGAGAAGAAGUUCCGAGAGGAGCAGAUGAUGAAACAACUUGUGGAGGACACAAUGCAGGGCCAUAGAAACGCCAAAGAUGCCAAGAAGAAACUACAGGAGUACAAGCAGAAAAUUGUUCAGGAGGUCACUGAGGAGAGUAGGGAGCUGAUGCAGAAAGCUUUGGAGAAGGCAGAGAUUGAGAUGAGGCGCAAGAUGGAGCUCAUCCAUCAGAUCAGGGCAAUGGAGGCUGUCCCAGCAGUUCGACAGAAGUUUGUGGACCUGACGUCUACAGCAGGCAUGGGGCUGCUCAGUGAGAUGUCCAUAGCUGAGCUACAAGAGCGUCUGAGUCUGAUGAAGACGUCUCAGAAGGAGGAGGAAGAGCAGCGCCGUGACGAUAUCCUUGCAUCCAAACAGGCCAAAGAUCAGCUUCUGUUGGAUACGCUGGAGACGAUCUCCAAACACCGUACAGAGCAGACAAGGGCAGCUGCUCUCAAAUAUGAAGAGAGGAAAAAGACGCGUGGAGUGAAGGUGGAAAUACAAGAUGAGAAGCUGACUGAGCUGCAGCGCCGCCUGGAGGAGAAAAAGUCUGAGAGGCUUCGUGAACAGGAAAAUGCCAAGCUAGUGGCCAGUCGCCAUUCUGCUCAGAGGACACGAAGCCUUAUCCAUCAGAAGAAUUACCUGGAGCAGAAUCGAUGGCAGGAACUUGAACAGUCAAGGGAGAAAACUGCGAGGGUCUUGUCACAAGGAGUUGCCAGUAGUAAAUCAGCCAGUCGUCUCCGUGGAGCCAAUGCUAUUGCCAUGACGACAUGAUGGAGAAAGAGCUCUAUUUGCACCGUCAUUAUUUCUGCUGUGAUAUUUAUUGAAACCGUCCCUAAUACUGUUAUUGUGAAAGAAUAUUGUACAUACUGAGUAUGAUUUGAUAUAUACUGAAACCGUC